AUGCCACUGGUUGAUCAACAACAAACUCGGUUUCGUCGUGCAUUGAUCAAUAUCUUCAGUGAUACAAAUGAAAAAAAAGUUAGUGCAAACCAUGGUGGUACAAUUAAUAUGGAUUCUACGCAUAGUAAUACGAGUAUUAAAGAAGCAGAUCAUUGGUUAAGUAUGAUCAAAAAUCAAGGUGGUCAUAUUAUGCAAGGUGGUACGGAUCUUGUAUUAACACCAAUCAGCUGGUUAACAACAAUAACAAAUAAUUGGCCUGUGUAUCUCGUUUGCAUCACGAUCAUUUUAAGUUUGUUAGCUUUUUUUUACUGUUCAUUCAAAGCUUGUAUUAACAAAAAUUUACUUAAAAAUAGCAUACCGAUACCAUUAGCUCAUCUUUUCAAAUAA